GCGGAGGGGGGAGUGGAACGGCAACGCCGGGGGGUGUGGUUUGUGCCUGAUGGACAGCCCUCCGGACCACCCCCUCCGGGGGGGUCCUGAAGGAAGGCAGAUGUAGCCAAUGGACGUGCCCGAGGCGCCCCGGCCCGCCCUCCCCGCCAGCCAAUGAGGGAGCGGCGGGCGGGGCCUUCCCGGGCUCGGCCGCGCCGCCGCCUCCUCCGCCUCCUCCUCCUCACCAGCGCUAAACCCGGGACUGGACCGAGCGGAGUUGUGCGUGUUGCCGAAGAGGGGUGGGCCGGGGGAGGGGAGGUUCGUUCCGCGGAGCCGCAGCCAGAACCGGGAUCAGGAAUCACCUUCAGACCAGUCUGGUGAAACGUUGCCAGAAAUUAAGAAAACAUACCUCUUAUUCCUCAACUGUGUCUCUCUACUGGAUCCUUUUCUUUGUCAUAUCCUAGUGUACAGUAAGUUCACAAAGGUUCUUUGGCAUGGAUAAAUGUUCAGUGAGAGGAUUAGACUUGGCUGAACAGACUCCUGUUUUAUUAGAGCAUAAAGCCAUGGCAGCUAGUCUCUUGGAUAUAGGAAAUUCAUUUGGUAACCCAACUAGUCCUUUAGAUAACAGAUGUAGAAAUUCAUCGGUGGAAGAAGAUGAUGAUGAUGUUGUAUUUAUUGAAUCUAUACAACCUCCUUCAACUUCUACUCCAGCAGGAGCUGAUCAAAGAAAUUUUAUAUUUGCUUCAUCAAGAAAUGAAAGGCUACAAGGAAAUUAUUCCAUAAUUCUUCCUUCCUCAAGAGAUUUGGCUUCUGAGAAGGGAAAUGUAAGUGAGACAAUUGUUAUCGAUGAUGAAGAGGACAUAGAAACAAAUGGAGGGGAAAAGAAAAAUUCUUCCAAUUUUAUUGAAUGGGGACUUCCUGGAACUAAAAAUAGAACCAAAGAUUUGGAUUUCUCCACUUCCAGUCUUUCAAGAAGUAAGACCAAGACUGCAGUAGGACCUUUUAAUCCUGGUAGAAUGAAUGUGGCAGGAGUUGAAUUUCAGAAUGGAGGAUAUGCAACUCACCAUAGUCCUGAUUCUUGGAUCUCCCAGUCAGCAUCAUUUCCCCGUAAUCAGAAACAGCCAGGGGUGGAUUCUUUAUCACCAGUGGCCUCCCUUCCUAAACAGAUUUUCCAGUCUUCAGUCCAACAGCAACUUACAAAACCAGCUAAAAUCACUUGUGCACACUGCAAAAAACCUUUACAGAAGGGACAGACAGCUUAUCAACGAAAAGGAUCAGCUCACCUCUUUUGUUCUACCACCUGCCUUUCUUCCUUCUCUCAUAAGCGCACUCCAAAGAAACGCAACGUAAUUAAAAAAGAUGUACCUACAAAAAGGGCUACUAAUGUUCCUCAAGUUGAGUCAAGAGAAUCCUCCCAAGAAUUUUGUAGUACGUCUUUGCCUCCCUAUGAAGACAACCAGAAUCUUAGAAAAAGAAUUAAUAAAUCGAGAUGUAUAAUCUGUAGUAAACUAACAGAGAUUCGCCAUGAAGUCAGCGUUAAUAAUGUAAUACAUAAACUGUGCAGUAACCAGUGCUUUAAUAAGUACAGGUUGGCCAAUGGACUAAUAAUGAAUUGCUGUGAACAGUGUGGAGAGUACUUGCCCAAUAAAAGUGCUGGAAACAAUGUCCUGAUCAUUGAAGGUCAGCAGACAAGAUUUUGCUGCCAAGGUUGUGUUAAUGAAUAUAAACAGAUGCUGGAAACAAAAUCAAAAAAUUUGUCAGCAUCAGAAAACAGAAAAAGGAAUGCUGUUAGAGAAGAAGAAAAUGAAAGAAAAGCAUAUGGACCAUUGAAUACUCUUUUAGAAAAAAAAGAGGGAAUACCAGAGAAAAAGGAAAAGACUUCAGAGCUACAGGUUUUGGCAGAAUAUAGCACAGAUACAUCACUGAUCAAGCAGGAUGUGAAUUUACCUUCUUCUAUGUUAACCAUAGCUGAUAAAUUUCAAGAGCCGCUGGAAGAGAAAAAAUCAGAAGACUGCAUUAUAUCAGUUGUACUUUCUACAGACCCAGGUACAUGGCCCCGAAUUUUGAAUACUAAACAACGGGACAUUCUUGUUGAAAACGAUCCACCUCAAGUAAGAAAUUUUAACUUUCCAAAAGACAAUACAGGGAGGAAGUUUUCAGAAACUUACUACACACGAAUUCUUCCAAAUGGUGAUAAAACCACUAGAUCCUGGUUACUUUAUUCGACUGCAAAAGAUUCUGUAUUUUGUUUGUAUUGCAAACUCUUUGGGGAAGGAAAAAAUCAACUGAAGAAUGAGAAUGGGUGCAAAGAUUGGCAGCAUUUAUCACAUAUUCUUAGCAAACAUGAGGAAAGUGAAAUGCAUAUCAACAAUAGUGUUAAGUAUUCAAAAUUAAAAUCUGAUUUGAAAAAAAAUAAAACUGUGGAAUCUGCAGAACAUGGAUUACAUGAGAAUGAGAAAAAUGAUGGUGUGCUCUUGUUGUACACAUAAUAUGCCUGAUGUGGUUCUUGACAUAAUAGGGUCUUAAAUUUAUUCAGAAAAGAUCUAUACCCUAAUGGUCAGUACCAUUUUUGUUGGGAGGCUCCUAUGACUUUCAGCAGUUCGUUAGCAAUAAGUAUAAUAGCAAAUAAAUAGUAAAGAAUGUUUCUGUUCCAAAUUCUAAAGCUAAUUGGGUUCAGUAGUAAUUAAUGCAGAUUUCAAUAAAGGCAGUUGUUACUUUUUCAUUCUGUGUCAAUUCACACCUUUUACAACUGGCAUUUGAGGACUGACAUUUAACAUGUUUGGUUAAUUUUCUGUUCUGAUUACUUUGCAAGAGGGAGAAAAAAGGCUUCAAUUUAUCAAUACUAGUUUGAACAAGAUACUGUGUGACUAUUCUCAUCAUUAUUAAGGUAAAAACAUUCAGAAACAGUUUGAGAGUAGAAUGGAAUCUGAAACUGCAGCUUUUUGCUAUUAAACCAAAUACCUGUGAUUUAUUUCUUUUGGGCAAAACAUUUUUUUAUUAUCUGAGCAAAACAGCAUUAUUUGUUACAUUAUAUUAAGGUGAUUAAUUUGCAUUUUAUUGGUCUUAAUUUAUAAAUGUUUUUGCUUUUAUUGUUGUGUGAGAACUAUAAGAAUAAAGAGUGUAUACCUAUUUUUAUGUUAGUACAAAUCUAAGAAAUAUUAAAAAUAUGUUAAGUCAA